UAAGAAAUACGGGGCCGAUCGGGUCUGAUCAUCAGAGCGACGAUCAGACCUACAGGGGCCGAUGCGGGUCUGAUUUUGAGACACGCAUCAGACCCGAAUCAAGGUAUUUUGCACCCGAAACGUCAACCUGUCAAGGUUGUUCGAACAUCGCAAGAGGCCUACGUGCGGGGGCGAUGUAAGAACGACGUAGAGGUGAAAAAUCGGACGCGCAUCAAGCUCUUUUUGAGGUUCUUCUUCUUCUUUUCCCGUCAUCUGUCAUCAGGGUUUUGUUUGGAUUGAAACAAUUUCUUAUUUUGAUCCGGUUGUUUUGCGUUGUUGCAUUUUAUUAAUCAAAUCAUAUUUAUUGUUUUUAAUAAAUUAUGCGUAAAAUCACUAUUUUUCCUGCACCUGUUUUUGCUGCUUUCGAUGGUCCGGAACAAGGAAGAGCGGGAGUGGGAGUCUAGUUUGGCGCAGCUGUUCCGUGCAUAUUCAAUCUUCCGGCGACUUGUUGACCUCACCGACCCGACCGGGUUCGUUUUCACUGGUAACAUCCAGUACGGUCGGCUGCAGCGGUUCCACCGAGUUGUCCAGCGAGUUCUCCAGGUACUUGGAGUGCGGCGACCGUUCGCCGAGUCUGGUCCAUCCGGUGUUAGAUCCGGUGACGUUCCGAGCCUUUUAUGUGAAGCGUCGUUCCGAGGGCACUUGCAGGGUGUCGUGCCUGUUUCGUGUUGCGUCUUUCUGGGAUUUUCCAGGGCCAUGUCCGUUCAGUGUCGUUCUAAGGGCACUUGAAGAUUGGCGACCGCCCGGUAAGCCUCAUCCGUGCUGCCUCUUUCCGAGAGAACCUCGAAGUCGAUUGCCGUUCCGCGUGACAAUUCCGGAUUUAAUGAAUCUAUUUAAAAAAGAAAACAAAUAAUUAUUGCACUGAAUUAAGCGAAAGUUAC